UUCUAGAAUGGUAUAAUUUCCCAACUAUAAAAAUAUUAUUUAAUUGAAUCUUCAUUAGGUGAAGAUUAUCUAUUUGAAGUUUGUGAUUUUUCACUGUUUCUGUCUCCAUCUGAUGUAGAUCCUCAUUGGGAUUCUGCCUGAUUUUCAGCUGAACAAGCAGGAAUCAUCACGAUGUCAACACCUCCGAAUGCCACUAAACGAAGAACGGAUAUUCUCCAGUUGGAACGUGACGCUCCAGAAGAUGUGGAGCCUUCAAGCACAGCGGUGAACACGGAUCCCAACGACAACUGGGGUACAGAGCCAAACUUCAACCUCAACUUCAAUCUGAGCUCUACGACUAGCCCUCGUCCCACCAAAGAGCCCUCAAAGAUGCAUUCUGGGAGUAAAAAGGAAGAUAAAAAUAAAGGAGGAGCAGCUGCAGAUUUUAACACCAUUUCAGUACCAAGUGAAAAACCUAGGAGCAAAAUCCCAACAGCAACAGCUCAGAUGACUGUGAAAAACAAAGUCGGCCAACAGCCGAAAUCUCCAAACAUUAAGCUUUCCUCUUCACCCAAAGUACAAAGUCAUGGAAACUUAGCACUGAGUCCCAAACCAACCGGUGUGGAGCUGAGGAGCAGCCAAAGAUCUACAGAAAAAGUCAGAAUUGAAACACCUAAAGCAGAAUCUGUAAAGCCAGUGACGCCUGAGCUGACAACUAACUCUGCAAACAGCAUAAAACCAACCGAAAAGACGCAAUCAAACAGCAAAGAUGUAAAGGACGUUCACCUUGAGACGCCACCAAAAACUCUGCAGCUGCCUAAAAUCCCAAAGGUCCAUAAUCAAAAGGGAGAUAAGAGCAGCAAAAGCCCAAAAUUAACAAAUCGAACUCCAACAAUGAUGGCCAAAAUAAAAAAAUCAGAUUCAGUAAACUCGACAACUGACCAAACACCUGAAAACGACUCUGGAGCUCAAGGUGUUUUCACAACCGCAGGAACCUCACAGAAAGAGAAAACAGGGUCACCACUUCUCAGGACCAAACCAUCCCGAGUAACUUCUCUGAGUCCGAAACCAGCCACACAAAGAAAAACCACCGGAACCGGAACCAUUAACGUGUCACGCUCUGAGGGGAAUCUUCACAGUAAAGACGUAAAGGUCAAAACCAGUUCAACCCCCAAAUCUACUAAACGAUCCAAAGACAGUCUGGAUUCAAAACUCAGCUCCAGGUCCAGAGACGCACUGGAUUCCAGAAGCAGCAGCGCCUCAAAAAGCAGUUUGGACUCUCGGGACAGUUUGGAUUCUAAGAAGCUCCAGAGUUCAAAGCUUAUCCAAAAUCCACACGACCCGAAAACCUCAGCAGAAACCAGGAUGAAGAAAAGCCACCAAGGUUCGGAGAAAGAUUUCAAAACGGUCCCAAAGAACAAUCACGAUUCGAAACUUCUUCAAAACUCGAAAGCAAGUUUUGAUCCCAAAAUCAAAACCAACUCCGGUUCUGAUUCUAAACCAGGCAUUACCCAGUCAAGAUCUCCAGCUACCCUGCAGGCCUCUGCUUUCAGUAUGGAUCUUCUUGGAUGUGGUUCCAUUUCUCCCAUCUCCAGCGGAACCAUCAAGACGUCAGGUUCUGCUGUUGAGCUCAGUUUAAAUCAUAGCCAAUCAGAUUCAUCGAGUUCUGGACAAGUUCUACCUGGUUCUAAGUCGACACUCGCUGAUUUGUCCUCUCCGAUAUCAGCAACUCAGAGUCCAGGAUCCAGUACUGGAAAAAGUUUUACUUCUACUUUAACUGGAUCAAACAAGGAGAACAAGAAGAGUCCAAGUUCCACUCCAGGUAUCCUGGCCCCUUUGGCAUCUUCCAGUCCUAAAACCAGGCCUGUGGUGACCUCGAAAAUCCUGGAAGGAUCCACAGAUACCGCAGAAGAUCCUGCAGUUAUGAAAAAAGAUCCUAACAGUUCAUCCCGAAAUACUAGUCUGACUCGAGGUCUUACCUUUGACUCAAUUACAAAACCAGGUAGUAAUACUAACAAGGCCAAGAAUGACAGGGAUGGACGUCCAUCAGGAGAUUCGGAGGGGAGAUCGGUUCUCCCACUGAGUAAAGCUGGUCACCCAGGAGACACAAAUAUCAUCUCAUCACCUCGGGCAACCAGAACAAGAGAACCAAAGCACAAAAUACAAGUUCAUGGGAAAAAGAAUGAAGGAAAUCCUUCAUCUCCCCUUCGUCCUAUCUCUUCUUCUUCCACUCAUACACCAACCAAGAAGAAAGUCAAAGAGACUGCCCCUAAACCUGAGCUUUCUCAAAGACUCCAUAAACGUGCAGGGGCUCAGAAAGAGGUGGGCGUUCAGGUGGAGGUGGACGUGGUCGAGUGUUCUGCCUCCACAAGCCCCAGCCUCCACCGUGGACCUCCCAUCUCCUCCAUGAUUGGUUCCUCCAGCUGCCAAUCAUCGCUGAGCGACGUGCCACCCCUCAAACAUGUCUGCCAGAUUGAGAUUGAGCUGUGCAGCCAAACGCUGUUUCCCUGCGUUGUUCCCGACAAGGCCAGUUCCCUCCCUGCAUGUUUGCGCUUUCAGCAGAACCCCGGUCUUAUGUCGGGCUUUGGACCACACCACAAUCCAGAUGUUGGCGCCGAGAGCCUCUGGGAAGAUGAAACUAAAGAGGAACAAUGGCAGCCCAACAAAAAACAGGAGGAUGGGUUUAAAGGGCAGACGGAAAAGCCCCCGGAGGUGUUGUGGGACAAACAAGGGAUGACGUGGGAGGUUUACGGCGCCUCUGUAGACCUGGAGUCUCUGGGGACGGCCAUUCAGUCCCACCUGGAGAUGAAGAUUCGAGAGCAGGAGAGGCACAUCCGGAUACUUCGGAAGUCCAUCUGCUCCAACAGCAGCUUUGCCCGGUACAAGAGGAAGAAGAGACGGAGAAGGUUUCUGGGUUGCUGCAUCAAGGCGUCCGCCGUGUCUGACUGAGAUCAACGUUCAGAGACGUCAAACAUCUGACUUUCACUAAUCCAAGCUGGAUUAAGAGCCAGAAAACUGUAAAACAUCUCUCAUAUUAAAAUAUUUGUAAAGUAAUUAGGCAACAUAACAACUGCCAGAAAAAAAUACCUUCCAAAAUCUGGGCAUUAAUAAGCUUAAUAUUACAAAAUAUUACUAUUCUGGGAAAUUUGAUUGAAGAUAAAUGUUUUUCCUCGUGACUUUAAGGAUAAAGUUAUUAAAGAAAGGAUUUUAGUUAUAGGGUGUCCAUGCAUGCUUAGAAAGUUGCACAUUCAUAUAUCUACAAUUAAAGCCUUAAAAGGUCUUAAAUUAACUUAAAAAGUAAGUUAGCUUUUAAUACGUUAAUUCCCAGGUCUUAAAUUUGUUUUGACAGGAUUAUUUAAUACCAUACGCUUUAUGUAUUUUUUUCUGACAGGAUUUUUCUCUCAGGCAAAAGUUUGAGUUGUAUUCAGAAAUCUUCUAUGCUUUGACUCAAGUGAGAUGAUUGAAGCUGUCGCUAACUAGCUGCUAAUAUACCCUUGCUAGCUAGACAGCUUUUUUGCUUCUACCAUGUGUAAGUGAAAAUUUACCACCAGUUAGCUUGACAAAAUUGGUACAUUUGUGGAGAAACAGGUCUUAAAUUUCAUUCAUGAUGAUCUUAGAACGGUCUUAAAAAGUCUUAAGUUUGAGUUGGCGAAACUGAUUUAGCAAAACUGAUCAAACUGGGAAAGUUUGUCAGACCUUCUUUAAGAAAUGUGUUUCCAUCUCUCCUUUUAUCGCAUCAACUAUUUUCUGGAAAAGUCAAAUCACAAACACUUCAAAUUUAUUUUGAAUUUUGUCGUUUCCAUCAACUGUUUCAAAGCGAUAAUUGAAAUUGUGCAGAAAAACUCUGAUAGAAGCAUGUCUUUGGACUUAAAUGUCAAAUAUAAAACCGAAAUCCUUUCUUCUGUCUCACUAUCUGGGUCUUUAUCUGUAGGUUUUAGUUAGGCCGUUGUCGGUGCGUGUUUAGCCGUGUUUAGCCGUGUUUAGCCGUGUUGAGGUUGUGUCUGACAGCAGAACGGGUCGGUACCUCGGCUUUCCGGUGGCAGCUGCAGUGGUUGUUGACGUGGAGCUGAGAGGACAGCAGCUCCAUUCCUGGUAAAUAUUUCAUCCAGUUUCUUUUUUAUGAAACUCGGCACAAAGCACUCAGCAGAGAGCUCCCAGCUGCAGACUACAGGAUUUGCUAAGGAGUUAAAAAGUCACUUCUUUUCCUCUUUUCCUGUCAUCUCACUUUCCCUUAGUUUCCUCACUAAUUUCUCCUUCCACUUCUGUUUUAUUCUCCUUUCUUCUUGUC